AUGCUGGUUGAUGAGCCAGAACGGGUUUGUCUGACAUUGUCAGCGAGGACCUUAAUCUCGCUUCUUCCGUUUGCGAAAACAUCUUCGGCAAAUAGAUGUGAGAGAGCCCUUCGCCUAUACAGCUCACAUUUUUCUUCCAAUUCUCGUCUCAGACGCGAGAGGCCGAUGAUACUCCGGGGCUGGAGCUAUUUAUUAGUCGGGAUAAUACUGGAUAUUACGGAUACUGAGGUAUCGCGGCUUUCAAUUGAAAACCCUUGCAUGCAGGCCAUGAAAGCCAACAAAAAACCCUGGACAGAGGUGACAUAUGCUGUGCCCCCCUUCAAACAUUACCUUCAGGCAAAAACCCGUCGUCCGUCGCCAAAGAUGAAACAUAUACGAAAUCCAAAAUUUAAGGAAAUAGAGUCGCACAGUUGGGCCUCCUUAGGGAAGGGGAAGCUCAAACUUGGUCAGACAUUUUUGACUUCGGUGAGGACCGUUAUCUUUCUUCAUCCAGGCAAUAUUUUCAUCGGCGCUGUCAUAGAUUACCAAUAG